AUGGAGGGCGAGACUGCUGGCUAUCGGUUGAUUGACCGGUUGAUUGACCGGUUGAUUGAGGAUGAUGACAUUGGGCCCCGGUUCCUGGGACAUCUCACUGAAGAUGGUUGUGUGAUUGUACUCUUGAUGGAACGUAUCGCCAAUGCACGACAUGCUGGGCCGAUGGACCUCGAUAUUUGCCAGCAGACUCUCACUUAG